CCAUAGCAACUCCCCUUGACCCCUCCCUCCCUCGGCAUUCGCAGCAUCACCCUUUACACUGCACAGUCAUAUUUGGUCCUCCGGAAAUAUCCACAGCACGGAAAUAUAAAUGGGUAUGCCCCAAAAUGGAUUCUCAGUUGGCUUCAGUCCUGACCAGUGGCAGCCUGGAUGUCCAAAAUGGCAGCCAGUGUGCAGAGGGAUCAGGGCCAGUGACAGAGGUUUUUUUGGACCCAAAGGAAAAAACCUCACCCAAUACUGUACCAGGUAACCUCCAGCCGUGCCCUGUCAAAGCAGCAGUGACCACCAGGCUGGCUGCUCCAUCAAUCAAUGGGAAUAAGCCAGAGGUGGGCGGGACUUCUAAGCCAGCCUCUCAGGAAACAAGCAAGAGUGAUGGGUUCAGACAGCCAAUCACAGUGAAGACUGGAGUGCCUGUGUUGCGCAGCCAACCAAUCAGACUAAAAAUAGUUGUUCCCCCACGGUGCAAGAGGCCAAUCACAAACUCUGCCAUCAGCCUGACCAAAGACUUUGCUCUCUCAGAUUUUAGAAGACCUGUUUCAGACAAAAACAGAUGUAAAAUCCUAAUAUCUGCGGUUAAGAAAGAAGGAGAAAUCAAGGAAGUUACUUAUCAUAAGACUGAGGAAGCUAAGCCAGAAUCAUUCCACGACACAGAGGCAGACAGAAGGAAAACAAUGUGCAAAGAGAGACAUGUUUCGGGUGUUAAAAUCAUUCACACUGAUGGGUCAGAAACUCAUUUAAUCUCGAGCACUAAUACAAUUGAAAUAUUGAGCCUAAAAGAGGAAACUACAGAGAGAGAAAUUGAUGAAAGUAUUCCUCUAAUUUUGCAAGAAAUGGACUUGAAAUCUUGCAGGACGUUUGAGGGGGGAAUGGAGGAACAGACAGAACCACUGGACCUGAGUCUUCCCAAGAAAAGAGAGAGGAGGUGUGAACGCUUCCUGGAUGACUCUGGCUGCGAGAGCUCGUUGAUCAUGGAGGUGGAUGAAUACGAGGGAGAAGGAGACAGAGAUAUAGUAGAAGAGGACGAGGAUGGGGAAGGAGAGGGCUCUGUGCUACGUAUGGACUGCACAGAUACACUUGAAGGCUCUCUCCUGUCUCCCUCUUUCUUCUCGUCCUCUGUCUUCACCUCCCUCUCCUCGAUAGACACUGAAAACCUUCUUCUCAUAGACGACCAGGGAAUCCCGUACACGCUCAGUCCAGACGGACUCAAAGUGCCGCAAGUCGACGCGUCCACGUCAGAUGAUCAGGUAGAUGGAAUGGGGUCACCACAAUUGGCCACGUUAGCGGAUCCUAGCCUCAGCCAAAGCUUAGAUAAUGCACUAAAUGCACCUUCUGAUCAUCUUUACAAUUCACCAGCCCCUGCUACUGAUUCUCCAUCACUAAGUGUUGAUCAGACGACGACUCCAGAAGUCUUCACGGGUUUGAUUACAAACCCAGACGCCGCAGAGCCAAGCGUUGAAUCUGUUCAGGAGGCUAAUGCUGUUAUAUUAACCCCCCCCCAGCACAUUCAGAUCCUCACAAACCCUUCUACUAACACUCCUAUCCUCCUCCUGUCAACCUCCUCUUCCUCUGCUCAGCUCUCCUCAGCUCAGGUGGGUCUCUCGCUUCCCCUUUCAGUUACUCAGACAUCCCCUGGUGCUUCCACCCCCAUGUUCCUUCUCCUUUCAUCUGUACCCUCUUCCUCUGGAGACUCUACCUCCACCCCUAUCGCUGUCCUCGACCCCUCCACUGGUCAGUUGUCCCAGAUCACCGCAGCCUCAGCCCCCGUCUCCCUCCCUUUGCCCACCGCUCAGGUCACCACGCUGGGAUCACCUCUGCCCAUGCUGUCCCACCCUAUCAUCAAACUGAGCCCCAACAACCCCCCUGCCAUCCUGUCAGGAGUGACCAAUGUAAACUCCAGCUCUGUCCUCACCUCGUUCACUGUCCGUUCAUCCUCUCCUGCUCUUCUAAACGACCGACACAGCACGAGCCUUCAUUCUCAAAUCAGCUCUUCCGAUUCGAACCCUGGAAGCGAAGCCAUAUCUGAAGAAGUCUCAAGUGAAAACAACAAGCCAUCAACUUUUACAGCAUCCUCUCCACACCCACAGUCUGCUAUUUUGACCUAUGACCCCUUAGCUCAGCCCAGCUCGGAGGCCCAAUCGCCAGCCUCUGAGCCAAGAUUUGACCCGUCUGACCUGCACUCUGAACAUUUACCUCUGGACGACCAUCUUUACUUCUCCAACGCUGCUGCUCCUCUCUCCCCACCCAUCGGAACCAUUCUCCCUUCUGAUAAGCUCGACCCCCUCGACCCGCUGGAUCCUCUCUCGCCAGAGGGAUCACCAGAUGCCAUGGCUUCUCGCAGGGUGCUGUACUGCCAGCUGUGCCCGCGGGUCUUCUUUUACCUUUCCGACCUUGAGCGCCACGCCAUCACACACUCGCAGAAGAAGCCUCACGUUUGCCAGCAGUGCGGCAAAGCCUUCAAACGCUCCAGCCAUCUGCAGAGACACAAGCACAUCCACACAGGCCAGAGGAACUUUGUGUGCCCCAUCUGCGCCAAACGCUUCAGGGAGGCCGGUGAGCUCCAGCGCCACCAAAGGGUCCACACUGGAGAGAAACCCUACCAGUGCCAACUUUGCCACACGCGCUUUGCCGAGCGCAACACGCUACGCCGACACACCAAGCGCAAACACCCUUACCACCAAGUGGCCAUGGAAAUGCUGAACGAGAGAAGAGACAGAGGAGGAGGAGGUGGAUCCGGUGUGCAGGAGGAGGAAGAGAGUGCUGAAUGGUAUAGCUCCACUGUGUCUAAUUUGGAUAACUCCGAGUCUGAGAUGGAAACUUAGAAAAGCUUUCUGCAGACUCCAAAGUGAAGGGAAGGAGGACAAUGAUCAUAUGUAACUCUGGUUAAACACUUAACUUCCCUCAUUUAAUUAACAUUCAAAAAAGAAGCACUUAUUUAAAUGUUUUUCUAAUUUAUUUAUAUGAAUGUAUAUUAUUUUCAUUUCACUUAGUGGUCAAAACUUCAGCCUUACAUCAUUUUGACAUUAGCUUUCCUAUAUGAAAAGAAUUGCAUAUAUGUACAUGUUUUUUUAUGUGAGUUGAGAAUAUUAAUUAGACUGCCCCCAUGAAGUUGCAUUCCCAUACAAUCUAAUGUAAAGCCCUCAAGUGCUCAGAAAAGAAGGAUAACUUAUUUACUCCAAACGAUCCUCCGCUCUAGCUGUGUAUAUAAAGAGAACUAUUUGUAAGAGCUGCACUUCUGCACUAUCCUAUGUGAAAGAUGUAAUCUAUCUUUCUUACCGUCAGAGACACUGUGAGUCAUUUGCACUUGUUUUAUUUCAAUAUUAACUUUUUUUACAUCGUGAAGAAAAAAGCUUAUUUUUAUGUUUUGUUGCAGCUGUUGAUUUUACUUAUUUAAUUCACGUCAUGUGAGAGUUUGACCAAAUGUUUUUGAGUUAUUCUAACGCAAACGCUAUAUUUACAUCUUCUGUUUAAUGUGAAUUAUGUUAACUUAUUUGAAUUAAAUUUUGUCAACUGUAACUGAAUCUUUGUUUAAUCUUCUUU